AUGUCCGCCCUACGAUAUUAUCAAAAUCUGAACGACAGUUUUACGAUGGAAGAACCAACACUGCUGGACGGGCUGGAUGGUGUGAAUCGGAUACAGAAGUCAAUUCGGUUGCUUUCGGGUGAUGCCAUUGCGGGCAGCUUUCCGUGGACCAGUCCUGCACCGGCCGAAACGCCCCACAUAAAGGACAUCCAGCAGACUGAGGUCGAUGAUUACGUGCCGUACGAACAGCGGCCGGAAACGUACAUUGUGCCCGUCGUGUUUGCGCUCAUCUUCAUCGUGGGCAUCGUGGGCAAUGGGACGCUGGUGGUUAUUUUCCUGCGACACCGGGCGAUGCGCAACAUUCCCAACACAUACAUCUUCUCACUAGCGUUAGCCGAUUUGCUGGUAAUACUCAUCUGCGUACCGCUCGCAUCCAUCAUAUACACGCUCGAGUCCUGGCCGUGGGGUGAUGCCCUCUGCCGGGUGUCAGAAUUUGCCGAGGAAAUCUCGAUCGGUGUGUCCGUGUUCACGCUCACUGCUCUGUCCGCCGACCGGUACUGUGCCAUCGUAAAUCCACUUCGCAAACUACAGCUUGCUUCACCCUGGUUCUUACAGACACGUCCGCUGACCGUAAUUGUGGCAUUUCUCAUCUGGGUGCUGGCCAUCAUCUGUGCGAUACCGUCGGUCGUCAUGUCCGAGGUGGUGGUGGUGCAUCUGUCGAACAAAACGAUCGAAUACUGCUCACCGUUCGGGCCGAGGAAGAAGGAUUCCAACUAUUCCAAAUACAAAACGGUGCUCAACUCAAUCGUUUACUACUUCCUGCCACUGUCCAUCAUCGGGAUCCUUUACGUACUGAUGGCGCACAGGCUGCACACGAGCGCCCGGGAGAUGCCGGGCGAGAAUGCGGGCCCCCAAAGUCGUUCGCAGGCCCGUGCCCGUCGCCACGUGGCUCGGAUGGUCAUUACGUUCGUGAUAGUCUUCAUCGUGUGCUUUCUGCCGCAUCACGUGGUCGAGCUGUGGUUCCAUCUGAAUCCACACGCCGAAGAUGAUUACGAUGACUUCUGGCACAUUUUCCGCAUCACCGGCUUCUGUCUCAGUUUCUUAAAUUCCUGCAUCAACCCGGUCGCACUGUACUGUGUGUCGGGCGUGUUCCGGCAACACUUUCAUCGCUACUUGUGCUGCCGCCCGAUGACGGUACAGCGCCGGAUCGGUCUAUCGUCGGCGGGAAACGCUUGCGAGACGAGUUUCGUGUCAACGAUCCGCCGUUCGCAGCAUCACAGCAUCCGGAAGUCACUGUCGGUGCAGAGCGUUCACGGGAAGAGGUGAAAGUUUGUGCGUCUGGUCGUGACUGGACGCGAUCGUACGGACAUACAAAAGCAGCAGUUUGAUCAGCUGCCAGAGGAACCCCACAAGCGGAACGGCCAGAAGCAUCCCGAGGGCUUGGCAA